AGGGAUCCUUCUCUUUUUUUAAAAAUAAUUUUCCAAGUUGCAUCAGUAAGAGUGACUGACAUCGCGUACGUGUCGCGCCCGGCCGGAAGUUUUAAGGCACUGUGUCGAGAUCCUCGUCACGUUUUGCGACGGUGUCGAGGGGAAGCCUGAACUGUUCCUGCGUGUGUGUGUCCGUGUUUUUUUUUCUGCAAUUGUGUUCUCCCUUCUGUUUUAAUGCGUUUCGGUCGAAGCCGGGAAUUGCUGUGAGAGGAAACUUCUCUUGAACAACAGGAAUCGAAAAAAGGGGUUUUUGUACGAGGGAGGUUGAAAAUGGAGCGACUGUUGUCGACACUGACGUUUGGAGUCCUCCUCAUUUCUGCUGUGAGUUGUGAUUCCGCUGGUCGAUGGAAGCGGAAUGAAGGCAGCAGCAACAUCAACAACGCACUGGUGAUUGAACCCAAGGGAGACGAGAUUGAACGGCCCAUCGGGCAACCCUACAUUCUCACCUGUCGAAUAACCGUGGACCCGGCUCUGGUGUCGGACCUUAAAUGGCUGGGCCCGGAUAAUCAGACCAUCAGGGAGGAACCUGAAAGGAAAUUUAUUCGGCAUGAGCAGUCAAGGAUUCAGCUGGUGUUCAGGGAAGUGCGAGAAAAUGACACUGGUUUGUACCACUGUCAAGCGUCGUAUGCGUCGAAUAAUCAGCUGUCGAAGAGUGUUCGUCUGAAGAGCUACUUGCCCAUCACCUGGGUGGACGCCCCCGAGGAGCAGUACGCCACUUUGGGCGAGGAGAACGAAAUGAUCACUUGCGUGGUGAAGGCGUCUCCUGCGGCCACGUUGUCUUGGAGCAAGGCAGGGAAACAAAUCGCCACUGGGAUGAGCGACAGAUACGCUGUGGAACAGGGCGGACUGCGAAUUUCGGAAGUUCGGCAAGAGGACGAAGGCACUUACAGCUGCAGUGCAGAUGUGGUGUCCACUGGCGAGUACCAAGUCCGCCAAAUACGGUUCAUGUGGGACCCCGAUAUACGGACGAUUCGACUAAUGGACACUUGCUAUAUGCUGAGACAUGGGUUUUGA